AAGUGUGUCAGUGGUGUGAUGGUGCUAUAUUGCAGGGAGCGCCGCACUCUGUAAAUGGCAAGUGAGCGAGUUUAGGAGAAGGCUCGCUCUUCCAGAUCGCCACUGUGUGUGUGUGUGUGUGUUUUUGCGCAGAAAUAGUGGUGAGCAUCUGCGCGUUCUACAGAGCACAGUGGUUUGAGAGAGCAAGAGAGAGAAGCAGUUUGGAUGUUCGGUCGGUGUUGAUGAGAAUUUCAGCAUCAUGUAAUAAGCAAUAAGCCGGAGCAGAGAGAGAGAGAGAGAGAGAGAGAGUUUUCUCCCGGAGCAUGAAUGGCAAAGAUGAAGCAAUGGACAGUUUGAUUCCUGCUGUCUAAAUCCAAGCUAAGAAAAGGCAUGCCAGUCAAUUGAAACUGCGCCGGGAAGAAGCUGAUCUGUACGGUCGCGGAUACAGGCGUGUGGUUCAAAACUGCACGGGUUUCUCACUAUGAGCGAAAUCAAACCAGGGAUUUGAAUUGUUUUGUGUGUGUGAGAGAGUUAGGGGGAGAAGAGGGUGGAUGUUGCAGGAUUGAUCACUGCAUAGGCUCAUUGAUUGAAGGACUCCCGUGACAUAAGACAUCUAUCCGCCUUCCGGGGGAACACUCGCCCGCCCGCCCGCGAUGAACUGAUUUUGUGGAGGGAGAUCGUGGCAGGGUGACCGGGAUCCGAGGAAUGCCCGCAGCAGGCACGCCGCCGCCGCCGCCUUCACAUCGGGGGGACGCAAGCAGCCUGCAGAACCGUGCGGCCAACCCCGGCAAUUGAACCAACUUUGCGGGGACGGACACAGACAGGCGCGCAAACUGCGACCCGCAAUACCUCCGCACUUGAAAUUCCUGGGGAUACCGGAGUCAACGGAAUCAAAACAUGAACAUUCAGAUCCCUUUGCUGGCUCUUAUUUAUUUCUAUGUCAGUGAAAGUUUGAAGACUGUGUCCAAAAGAAAUUUGGUUGACGUUUGUAUCGAUUGGUCUGUGGAUCUGAAAAAAUACAUGGUGCUGGCGGGAGAACCAGUACGUAUCAAAUGUGCUCUUUUCUAUGGUUACAUCCGGACGAACUACAGCAUGGCACAGAAUUCUGGACUCAGCCUAAUGUGGUACAAGAAUAACGGGCAAGGAGAUUCAGAAGAACCCAUUAUAUUCUCUGGUCGUAGAAUGAGCAAAGAGGAGGAUUCGAUUUGGUUCCAUUCAGUGGAGAUAAAGGACAAUGGAUUUUACACAUGUGUAUUAAGAAACUCGACGUAUUGUAUGAAGGUGACAAUGUCUUUGAUGGUGGCCAAUAACGACUCAGGUCUUUGCUACAACAGUAUGAUCCGAAAUUUGGAGAAGGCUGAAAUUACGAAAAAGAAAGAGAUCAUCUGUCCAGACAUUGAAGACUUCAUCACAACCGAUCGAGACAUUGAUAUUGUUUGGUACAAGGAAUGCUUGCCACAAUCAUGGAGGAGUUCUAUCUUGCGGAAGAGAAAAAUCCUUGUGAUACAAGAGGUUGAAGAAGAAGAUUUUGGAAAUUACACCUGUGAAAUGAAAUACAAGGACAAGUUGGUGAGAAGAACGAUUGAAUUAAUAGUUACAGCUGUACUUACGGAUAAGCUACCAGUGCUGUUGGACCCUUUCGAAAACCAACAGAACGUUGUAGAUGUCCAGUUGGGUCAUCCAACCAGCCUCGUCUGCAGGGCAUUCUUUGGCUACAGCUCAGUAAGCCCCAUCAUAUACUGGAUGAAAGGUGAUAAGUACAUGGAGGAACUGGAAGACACUCAGGUUAAGGAGGGUGAAAUCAGGGUACUAAGUGAGCAUCUCGGGGAGAAGGAGGUGGAACUAUCGUUGUUAUUUGACUGGGUGAAGGAGACAGACUUGGGAAAUUACACCUGCAUUUUGGAGAAUCGGAUUGGACGCACACAGACCAGCAUUCUUCUCCAGAGAAAAGACCUGAUGUACAGAGUGGAACUUGCAGGCGGCUUGGGUGCUAUCCUGAUCCUGAUCACCUUCCUUGUGACCAUUUACAAAUGCUACAAUAUCGAGAUAAUGCUCUUUUACAGGAGCCACUUUGGAAGUGACGAAGCAGAAGAUGAUAACAAGGAAUAUGAUGCAUAUCUGUCGUACACCAAAAUCGACCCUGACUCACUCACUCAGGAGAACAGGAAAGAAGAGCAAUUUGCAUUGGAAAUACUUCCAGAUGUCUUGGAGAAACACUAUGGGUACAAACUAUUUAUUCCUGACAGGGAUUUAAUGCCAAGUGGAACUUACCUGGAAGACUUGGCGCGGUGCGUCGAUCAGAGUCGGAGGCUGAUUAUUGUGUUGACGGCCGAUUACAUCAUACGACGUGGGUGGAGCAUAUUCCAACUGGAAAACAGACUACACAACAUGCUCGUAACUGGUGAACUCAAAGUUAUUUUGAUCGAAUGCCCUAACGUGCAAGGGGUGAUGAACUACCAUGAAAUUGAAGCCUUAAAAGACAACAUAAAACUUUUAUCCAUCAUCAAGUGGUGCGGGCCGAAUUGUAACAAACUGAAUUCCAAGUUUUGGAAGAAGGUCCAGUAUGAGAUGCCCAUUAAGAAGAAGGAGCCAAUGGCACGUGGCCAAGUCUUGGAUUCUGGUGAACAGGGUAUUUUUGGUGAACUUCAAGCUGUCUCCACUGUUUCCAUGGCAGCCAACUCUGCCACGCUUGGACCUUCCCCCACGGAGCUGCAACCCAGCUUUCACAAAGCAGACCAUAUGCAACUCAGGCAUUACUGCCGAACUUACGAGUACGACUUUGCCCCCGCGACAGUGCCCAUUACCUCGAUAAGCAAUCAACAUACCUACUGCAAUAUUCCAAUGUCCCUCAUCAAUGGAGAGGUGCCACAGAUUAUUAUCACCAGAGAUCCCUCCAUCCGGGGUAACCCCAUGGGUAACGAAACCCUGCCAAUGCCUCCACGAGAGAUUGGCAUCACUAGCGACAUCUGGUAAGGGUUAGGCAGAAGGGGACCUCAUUUCCCUCGUCUCUCCACCCACCCUCCCAUCCAGAGGCUCACAGGGAAACAAGAACCUACGUUAAACUCAUGAGCCGUGAACACCUCCUCAUUCAUGCAAUAUCCUCGAACAAUGUUAUCUUUCAGAACAUUGUGUGUGUGCGUGUGUGUGAGCUUGUAUAUUUUAGUUGGGAUAUUAAGAAGGUUGUCAGCCUGUGCUAUAGAUUGGCUUAAACCCUACUGCGCACAGUUGCCAAAUCUGAAUCAGUCAAUGAUAGCAGACAUUGUUUUGAGUGCGUCACUGAUUUUCACAGUCAGUACAAAGCUGAUGUGUCAAUUUUUGGAACUGUCCCCCAUAAAAAAGUUGGGGUAUUGAUUGAAACUUUUGAUACUGUGAUGAACAUAUUUUGUUAGCCUAGGUUAUUAAGGGUUACGAUAGGAACCAAAGGAUGUUGAUGGAGCUAACCAUGAUCUAAUAGAAUGUGGGAACAUGUUCGAAGGGCUGAAUGGCCUCUUUCUGUUCCUCUGUUCCUAGCCUCUUGGGCUACAUAUACUUGAGAAACAUUGUUAGAAGUGAGGACACUAGAAAUGUAUAUUUUGGCUUCCAUUUCUACUCUGUCCAGUGCAUGUUUUCACGGAUGUUGACAACAAUGUCACUGGAAGCAAAGUAGGAGACUUGAGCAGCCAUGAAUUCCGACCAGAUUUUUAAAAAAACCCACAGCCAAAUCUUGCAAGUUUAAUGACGACAAAGUGGUUAAAUAUAAUGUACAGGACACUACUGAGUGUGGUACUGUCAGCCUGUUACUGAGGGGCUCUAAUGUUUUGCACAAUGACUUGAUGUGUUCCAUCACUUUUUUAUGUUCCACUUUCCCUUUGCGAUCAAUUUCUUUUGCCACAAAGUGUUUCUCACAGCCUAUCAAUCUCAGCAUUCCGCAUUAAUACCGCUACUAAAACAAAAUACUUCAACCUGAUUUCUUCUUGAGUGGUUGGUGUCAUUAAGAGUGGACUUUAUCCUCCUUGAUGCAAUUUACCUAGCAAUAUUGUUGCACCCUCACCACUUUCCCUGCCCACAUGUCUCCCCCUACUUUGGACUUUAGAGAUACAGCACGGAAACAGGACCUUCGGCCCAUCGAGUCCGUGCCGACCACCGAUCACCCCAAAUACUAGCACUAUGCUACAUAUUAUGGACACUUUACAAUUUUACCAAUUAGCCUACAAACCUGUACGUCUUUGAAGAGUGGGAGGAAACCGGAGCACCCGGAGAAAACCCAGGUGGUCACAGGGAGAACAUACAAACUCCGUACAGACAGCACCCAAAUCAGGAUCGAACCUGGGUCUCUGGCGCUUUUCGGCAGCAACUCCUCUGCUGCGCCUCUGUGCCGCCGUAUCUCAUGGAGAAGUCAAAUGUAAGGCAUUGCAUGCAAAGGAAAUUCAACAGGUUUGUGGAAUGGAAUGUCAGUGCCCUGGUCAUUCAGACAAAUACACACAUAUUUAAAGAACGGCAUGUAAAUUCACUGCAUCAACAAACUUUUAAACACAGCACAUUGGAUAAAAAAAAACAUCUACUCUGUGAGUGACAGUGCAAGAUUUAUUUCAAGUCAUAGUCAUGGAGAGGGAACAGGAAACCAGCUCUUCACCGACCAACUUGCCCCAUCUACUCUAGUCCCACCAGCCUGUGUUUGGCCCAUAUCCCUCUAAACCUGCCCUAUCCGUGUACCUGCAUAAAUGUUUAUUAAACAUUGUGAUAGUACCUGCUCCAACUACUUCCUCCAGCAUCUCAUUCCAUACACCCACCAACAUUUUUUUUAAAAUUACACCUUAGGUUCCCAUUAAAUCAUUCCUCCCUCAACUGAAACCUAUGUCCUCUGGUUGUCGAUUACACUAUUCUGGGCAAAAUACUCUGUGUGUUUAUCCAAUAUAUUCCCCUGAUGUCCUAUUCAAGAUUAAAUUGUUUUCAAUAGGUUUCUGCCAGUCGUACAGUUGUAAGUCAGGCAAUCCCUUGUCAUCAUCUCUUUGCCUAUCAUUGAUGUACUAGGGCUGCAUGGUGGUACAGUGAUAGACUUGCUGCCUAACAGCACCAGAUACCCCGUGUUUGAUCGUGACAAUGGGUGCUGACUGUACGGAGUUUGUACGUUCUCCCUGUGACCGCAUGGGCUUUCUCGAGGUGCUCCAGUUUCCUCCCGUAUCCGAAAGACGUUCGGGUUUGUAGGUUAAUUGGCUUCUGUAUAUUGUCCCUAGUGUGAGAGAUAGUGCUAGUGCUCGUCUAUGUUAAUUCAAUGGGCUGGAGGUCCUAUUUCCACAUUGUACUCUAAACCUUUGACACAAAAUGCAAGCCGACUGCUUUCUGAAGCGGACUGUGGUUCCUUUUAAACCAUGUCUGCGUAAAUGGUUACUCAGUGACGCAAUUGUUUUAUUUCUGUAACUGUUUAGCAUAAAAGCAUCAUCUGCAUGGAUGAUAUUUCUUCGUGGGGCUAGGCAAAAGGUCAGAACGAUGUUAGUGUGAGUUCUAAGUGGGGUGGCACAGUGGCGCAUCUCAUAGAGCUACUUCCUCAUAACGGAUACAAGGAACUGCAAAUGCUGGUUUACAAAAAAGAGGAACACAAAGUGCUGGUGGAACUCAAUAAGGUUCAGGUAUUAUCUCUGGAGAACAUGGAUAGGUGACGCUUCAGGUCAGGACCUUCUUCAGACAGUCUUAAGAAUGGUCCCAACUCGAAAUGUCACUGAGCAAUCUUCUGCAGAGCCUGACCAGCUGAGUUAUGCCAGCAUUUUGUGUCUAUUUUUGCUACCUCAUAGUGCCAGAGACCCGGGUUCAAUCCUAACCUCUGGUCCUAUCCGUGUGGUAAAUUUGUGAGGUCUUCCUGUCACCAUGUAAGUUUCCUCCGGUUGCCCUGGUUUCCUCCCACAUCCCAAUAGUCUACUUUAGUGACGUUAGACUUUAAAGAAAUGCAGCGAGGGUACAGGUCCUUCAGCCCACCCCAUACAUUCACCCUAUCCUGCACACUAGGGACAAUUCAUUUUUUUACCAAAGCCAAUUAACCUACAAACCUGCCGUCUUUGGAAAAUGGAAACCGGAGCACCCAGAGAAUACUCAUGCAGUCACGGUGAGAAUGUACAAACUCCAUACAGACAGCACCCAGAGUCAGGAUCGAACCCGGCUCUCUGGCGCUGUAAGGCAGCAACUCGUCCGCUCUGCCACCACGCCACCCGUCCGAUGUUAUAAUUUGCAGAAAUGACUGGUAGAAAACAGUCAAGAGAGAGGAAGCAGGAACAUUUCCUCCUUCCCCAUCCAUUGGAGGGCAGACCUCAGUGCCCAGACUGACCAAUUAAUUCUACACAGAUAGAGUUCAACCCAUAGACGUCUAAUCCUACAUCUUUUACUUUUACUUAUCCAGUAAAUAACUGUUAAAUAAAAUGUAACUUGAGUGAGCCAUACAUAACAGUGACAUUCUCUACAGAGUAGUUUAGUUUAUUGUUGUCACAUGUACCAGGUAGUGUGAAAAGCUUUUUUGAUGUGUGCUAUCCAGUCAGCGGAAAGACUAGACGUGAUUACAAUCAAGCCGUCUACAGUUUACAGAUACAGCAUAAAGGGAAUGAUGUUUAGUGCAAUAUAACGUCCAAUAAAGUCUGAUUAAAGAUAGUCCGAGGGUCUCCAACGGGGUAGAUGGGAGGUUAGGACUGCUCUCUCUAGUUGGUACAGUGAUCCAAAAAUUAUUUUGCUCAGUUAGUUCUUGCAGGGAAAUAGGUAAUGGUGUACAAAUACUUUGGCAGUUAACUAAUGAAGCCCUUUGUCAUUAUUUGUUUUUGAAUGGAAGGGGUGUUUGAGCAUUGUCCAUUCUUGGCUUCCCUUGAGGAGAUGGUGGUGAGCCAUCUCCAUGAACUACUCAAACCCACCUGCGUGGUUACAGGAGGCAGCAACUCUCACAGUAUUUAGGAAGUAACUCAAUGAACCCUCGGUAUAGAAGGCUACAGUCCAAGCAUUGGUAAAUUGGAAUAUGUAGAAAGGAACCACAGAUGCUGGUUUACAUCGCAGAUAGACACAAAAUGCAGGCGUAACUCAGCGGGACAGGCAGCAUCUGUGGAGAGAUGUAAUGGGUGACAUUUCGGGUCAAGACCGUUCUUCAAUGGAAAUAGUCACAAUAGAGACUUGAGGCCUGGCAAUAGUAUGGUGGGCCGAAGGGCCUGCUUCUGAGCUGUAUAACUACGACUUUUCAAUGAACUGUUGUUGGGUAGGAAACUCCACCAUUUAGAGUUACCAAUAAUGUAAGGGCAAUAUAUAUAAAAGGUUAAGGAAGUUAGAGUGAGCUGCAUGCUCCCCCCCCCCCCACCUCUCUCCUUUAAUAAAUGUGAAUGGACUAAAAAUGAAGUGUAGCAGUAUAAUGGCCUGCAUCAGCGAACUGGUCCUCUCUGCCAGGGCACUGCCCCAAAUAAUGCCAUAUUAUACUCUUGGUGCAGGUUGCCAUUGUCUUCCAGAGAGGAUUGUUCCAGUCCAAUUUUCAUGCAGAAUAGGAUAUCAAAGGACACAUCGGGCUGUCAAAGGACUGUCAAAAAACUGCGGUGGAAAGAGUUAGGUUCUGCUCGUGAAAUUAAUAACAGCUAGAUUGAAUAUAGCAAAGUAAUUCCAACUCCCAGCUCAAGGCAGUGAAUAACAUGCAACUUUGCCUAGAGGUUAGGACUUUUAAAAUUAUGUUAUAAAAUAAUUCUACACCUACCGUAAUGUAAUGUGCUACAUGCAUGUUAAUGCAGAACAGGAUGUCCCUUGCAUAUGAUAUUCCUGGCCGCGUGAAGCUAUACGGACCUGUAUCAAAUACAGGUCCGCCACCGAUAUUCCGGCAACUGGUGAUCUGGCACCUCCUUUAAUCCGGACAAAAUUCCGAGAGCCCACUUGAAAUUCCCCCUGGAAGUCCUCCCGAAUAAUGCCAGGUGAUGCAGUCGACCUCCACCACAUCAGAGCUUCCCUGCUUGAUCGGCCAGUCGAAUUUGCUCCCUGCAGCCGGUACUUUGGAACUCCAGCCCAGCCGGAGCCAGCAGAUCCGUUCCCUUAGCCAACAUCCACGGCCGAUUCGCGAGCCGGUAUCUCGACCUCCCCCAAGGCUGCGACCUCUGUUGGUCCGGCAAAAUGUAUAGUGCGGCAAGGCGCUGAUACUAAGGGUGCCGGAAAAUCGGUGGUGGACCUGUACUUGAAAGGCUGACUUGUUGGUUUGGGAUAGCAUUGAGGAUUAGGCAUUGACAAAAUUGGGGGGUGACCAGCAAGUAAGUGGAAUUAGCCCUGUGACAGGAUUCAUAGGGACUUUUUAAAAUCUAGGGGCAAGUGGCUCAAGAGAUGCACAGAGGUUGAUUCACUGGGCUUCCUCACUACAGUACUGAGGUGCGGAGGUUCAAGGUGGCAGAAAGUGCUGUAAGCAUCGAUGGAAACUGCUUCAACAGGUAAGUAAAGAGGAUAUACCAGGAUAACACACACAAAAAACAGAGGAAGAUUUUUCAUUCACAAAAUAUGUUACCACGAUCUGGCACGCCCUCACUGAAAAGAUGAAGGAUGCAGAAUCAGAAAUAACUUUCGAAAAGGGAACUGGAUGUGUACUUGAAUUUAUUGAUACAAUAGGCUGCUUCCUGCCUGGUUUGAAUGUAUAACUAUGUUGUGGAGCACAUGGAAUUUAUUGAUUUAAGGGCUGCUCAGGUUUCUCAGAGCAUGCGUGUCCUCUCAAAGAAUCAUCACAUCUGCCGACGUGACCACCAAUAAAUUCCACGCAUGAACCACGCUUAUACCAGGGCAGUUUGCCCACUCGAUAGACAGACGCUGCUUAUUUGAUGACCAGGAUUGCUAAAAGAUAAGCUGGCUUACUUUAAUGGGAUCAGGUAAGAGCUGCCAUCCCCAAUAACCAACCAGAGCUGUUCGACUGACCAUUACUCCCCCCCCCACCCCCGAAUCCAAUGUAAAUAAACACAAAGCCUUUAAGUAAUAUUGUUAUUCAAGCUGUCGAUCUUUUCAGAUGGCGUAACUCAUUUCAGAAACUCGGAGCUGAAAAGAUGUAGAGUAACUAGUUUUAACUCAGCGAUUGCACUUUCCAGACACAUCUUGAUUGAGUAUGAUGGUCAACUUGACAGGUGAGCAAGCUUUAAGAUGCUCCACUCAAUUCCAGUCCCCUUGAAGGCCAUAAGACGUCCAUUACCAUUCUGAAAGCAGAUACAAUGAAGAUGUUUUCACAGAUUCAUUUGUUAGAUUUUAUGAGCACAGAACAUACAGCGUCCCAUACGUAUCAUAGCACAACCUUCUUGCUAAAAAGAGAAAAAUAAUUUUUUUGGAUUCCUUGUAUAGUACCAGUUAGCUGUUCGGAAAAAUUUUACUACCUGUACAUAAAUAUUUUUGUAUUUAAAGGGGGUGAUUUCGCCACCUUUGGUAUACAAGUAAUUUCAGGAACGGAAUCACCGAGUUAUUCGCCAAUUUUGUAAAGUGGUCCACUCUGUGGUCUUCUCACUUAAAAACCUUGUGUUAAUAUAUCUCCUUAAUGCAAAUUGUUCUGUAACACAAAACAAUAAAAAAAAAACUGCAUGUAAAUGAAAUGGGACUUUUCUUAUGUUGGAAAGAAAUUUGCAAAACAUUAAUUGAUGGCCUGGCAAGGUGUGGUAAGGUGCUGUACUAUCCUCUGAUUGCAACUUCAAGUGCUAUCGUUCGAGUUUCAAAUAUGCCAGAUAAUGAUAGAUCUGCAUCCUCAAUCCUGGCCAGGUCACUGUGUGACUAGUCUGCAAUAGUGAAUGUUCCUUUUAGCUCACCUCUUUAACAAAAUCUCUAUUUUACUUUUAACUUAUGCCAUCUUUGCUACCGAGAACCUUGUACUGUAUUUAUAAUGAGAAAACUCAAUAUUUGUUGAUGCGGAACAGUUAUUUAUCAAACACAAUAAAAUACAAGA